UUGUGUAAGUGAUCGUAUAAAUGCUUUGACCACUGUAAACUAAGAAUCCAGUCGAGGUCGAGCUCUUGAGACGGUUAGAUCUGAAGAAGAAUUUUUCUCAAAGCAUCUGAAAUACGUCGCUGAGAAGAUGGCGAAAUUAAUGCUGUUCGUCUUUGUAACGUUGCUAGCAGCAACUCUUAUCAUGGGCGCUACCGAUAAGACGUGCGGUCGACACGGUGACCCUUGCGCUUCUGUACCGCGGUGCUGUGACGGUUUGAGAUGUCAUCCUUAUGCAAACAGAUGUCAAGUCAUAAUUACUGAGGAGGAAUUGAUGGCUCAACGUGAGAAGAUUUUAGGCCGAAAGGGCAAAGAUUAUUAGUACGCAGAUAAGUUUUAUAUAUCGGGAUAUAAUGGACGACGAUUCUAUUAAUCUGCUCUGGCUUGGAUCCGAAGACUGCGUUUCGAGGAAUUAGUUAUUAAUGUAUAACACUUUGUGUAAUAAUCAGAAAAUUAAUAUAGUAUAUAUUAUAUAUAUUGUAUAUUCGUAGAUAUAAGCAAUAUCUUUUGACAAAAAAUGAGAUUAAAAACGUAAAUUGAAAGAGUUCA